AGAUUCCAGGUUUCUAGUCAAAAUAAGCACUUAUUGUUGUACAUUCUGUACAAUUUUUUGGGUGGUUCCACAAAUCGACAAAAUCGUUGACAAAACUGUUUGCAAUUAUUUAUUAAGGCCAAGUGUUUUGAAUUAGAAAAGGUGAUAAGAGUUGAUAAGAAAACAGUGAUUUAGUAAUAGCUAAACAAAUAUGACUGUUACGUAUACGAAAGAAGUUGCAACUUGUCGUGGCUUCUCCUGCUUUCUAAGACUGCUACUAAAGCGCUUAUUUCAGAUGGAAGGGCAGUAUUUACAAGCUCGUGUACAAAGAACUGCUAGUGUUCUUGUUCAUUUACUACUUCUUAAAUCUCACGUAUAAGUACAUCCUGAACAGGACCGGUCGCGAUGUUUUUAUCCAGAUCGUGCACUAUUGCAACGCUAGCACUAAUUACAUCCCCCUGUCUUUCGUUUUGGGUUUCUAUGUCUCAAUAGUGAUGGCACGUUGGUGGGACCAAUACCGCUCUAUUCCCUUCCCGGACUCCACUGCGGUUUACGUGAGCGCAACAAUCCACGGCCAGGACGAACGUGGCCGGGUUAUGCGGCGGACAAUAAUGCGCUACGUUUGCCUCUCCGUCACAAUGCUCUUCACCAACAUCUCCCCCAAAGUCAAAAAGCGCUUCCCAACGCUUGACCACUUGAUGAAAGCCGGUCUGCUUGAGGAAAGCGAGAAGAAAGUGAUCCAAGGAUUGAACCAAAAGUUCCCUUCGUACUCCAAACACUGGCUGCCUUUAGUCUGGGCUUCCAGCAUUGUGACCCGAGCCCGGAAGGAAGGCCGCAUUCGGGACGAUUUCGCCGUCAAGACAAUGCUUGACGAGAUCAAUGCCUUCCGGGGCAAGUGCGGUAUUUUGAUCAAUUAUGACAGGAUCAGCAUCCCGCUGGUGUACACCCAAGUGGUGACUUUGGCCGUCUACACUUACUUCCUCUCGGCUCUGAUGGGGCACCAGUGCGUGGAAGGGCACGGCUACGUGUUCGAUAAAUACUUCCCGCUGUUCACGCUCCUGCAGUUUUUCUUCUACAUGGGGUGGUUGAAAGUCGCGGAGACUCUGAUCAAUCCGUUCGGUGAUGACGACGACGAUUUUGAACUGAACUGGAUGGUGGACAGAAACUUGCAAAUUUCGUAUUUGAUUGUGGACGAAAUGCACCAUGAGCACCCGGAACUCAUCAAGGACUAUUUCUGGGACCAGGUGCUUCCGGAGGAGUUGCCCUACACCCCCGAGACGGAACAGUACCGCGAAAUGCACCCGUUACCCUCGACUGCGAAUUUAGUGUCCAAGCAUGAGGACGAUCUUAUCGGGGGUUCGUCCUACCGAAUUUUCGGUUCGUCUAACACUUUACGCAAGCGAUCGAACUCGGUUGUGAGUCUUUUGCGCAAAAUUGUGCGAAGUGAUAGCACUUCAAACGAGUCGGAGCAGGAGAUGUGGGAGAAAAUACCGCGGACUAAGCUCGAGGAAGUUAUCGAAGAGGUGGACGAGCAACUGACAAUUAUGUCUUCGCGUGAGAACGAUUUGAAGCGGCCCCGAAUUCAGGAUAUUUUCGGACCGACGACGCAACCCCUUGAUAGUCCCCAGGAGGAAUCUCCGUCGUUCGAUUCGUUGAAACAGAAGCGUGAAGAAGAGAGAUUGCGGAGGUUUAGGCGUAAUCUGGCCAACUAUCUCGAGCACAAGGAGCCAUCGUGACACUUUUGAUACUUGAAUAAAUAAGUUAAAUCGA